AGGAGACACCUCUGAGCGACAAAGAGCCAACGCAGGGAGAGAGAAAGCGAGAGAAAACAUUUUCUUUGUCCAUGACCAUGCAGAAGCUCAUAUUAAGUUUGAUUCUUGCCAGUUUUACCGAUCCUCUUUUGUCGCUUCCAAUAAUUGAUUCCAGAGAAGUUUCAUAUCAGUUUCCGGAUGGCAAGAUGAAUUUUGGAGAGUUAAGCAGCCUGGAUGAGGAUUACUUACUCCACAACUUGCCUGCAGUACUGGCGAAGCAUAACCUGAUUGGUGAUACAGAGACACUGCUCAGCAAAGAAGAACCUGGUGAAGGCAAUCACAACAUUGGAGAGAACAUUAGACAAGAGAUUCUGUUUGGCAAACACCCACGGAUAUCCUUACUGAGCCUCCUGCAAUCAAAAGACAAGAAACAGUACAAAAAACGUGGGAACUUAUCCGAAUGUUUCUGGAAGUAUUGCGUCUGAAAGCUGACAGCGUAUCCGCGUGUUUAGCGCUUAUUUUUAUAAAAAGGCUGCUUGGCUUGGGAAGCCCGACAUGAAAUUGCAGAAAUGAUCUAAAUAAAGGCCAGGCUGUAUUAUGAAGUAUAGUUUUAUUUUUCCUUUGAAUAUGUUAUGGUUUGCAAAAUAUCAGGUAUAUUUGCUGUAAAAUAAAAGUAAUUUUCAAAUUAAA